AUGGAGCAAUCAACCCAGUGCGGCCGAGACUUCAGCCUGCUCAAAGGCUUCGUGGUGCAGCCGGGAGAAAAGCCCUUUGCCUGCAGUGAAUGCGGGAAGAGCUUCCGGCUGAAGGGGAAUUUGGUCAAGCACCUGCGGAGCCACGCCAAGGUGCGGCCCUACAAGUGCACCGAGUGCGAGAAGAGCUUCAACUGCCAGUCAGACCUGCUGCGACACCAGAUGAUUCACCGCGGGGAGAAGCCCUACAAGUGCAGUGAGUGCGAGAAGAGCUACAGCCGCAAGGUGUAUCUGCUCAACCACCAGCGUGUGCACACGGGGGAGCGGCCCUUCCAGUGCACGGCGUGCGAGAAAAGCUUCCGGCAGAAGGCCGUGCUCAUCUCGCACCAGCGCCUGCACACUGGCGAGCGCCCCUACAAGUGCACCCAGUGCGACAACAGCUUCAGCGAGAAGUCCAAGCUCAACAACCACUACCGCAUCCACACGGGAGAGUGGCCCUACAAGUGCACCAAGUGUGACAAGAGCUACAGCCGCAAGGUGUACCUGCUCAACCACCAGCGCCUGCACACCGGCGAGCGGCCCUUCCAGUGCCCUGAGUGCAGCAAGAGCUUCAUGCUCAAGACGAGCUUCAUGAAGCACCAAAGAAAUCAUGUGGAAGAGAGACCCCACCAGGGCGGCCCAGCUGCUAAAAGCCAUAGCGGGUCUGUCGGCCAUCAGGGUAACGACUUGGGAGAAGGGCUGAAACGCCACAUUGAGUGUGGGAAAAGCAUCACGGGGAAGCCUGAGCUAGAGACGCUCCAGCAGGUCCAUGUCCGGGAGCGGCCACAUCAGUGUGGCACGUGUGAGAAAAGCUUCCGAUACGAGGAAUCUCUGAGAGAACAUCAGAGUCUCCACAGCACAGAGCAAGGGCAUCCGGAGGUUUCUCGGAGCCCCAGACAGGGUGCAGAGGCCGGACUCCUUGUUGUAAAGAUGGAAGAUACGUGGUACGGGGCCGGCCCGUGGCGAGGCGGCGCCGGGACUCUGCCCAGCCCGGAGCGGGAGCGGAGCUCGGCCGGGCCGGGCCGGGCCCGCUGCAGAAGCCCCGCCCGGGGGGGCCAUGGCCGAGCGGGCCGCUGCCCAGCCUCCGGGGAGCCGCCGGCAGCGGGCACCCUGGGGUGCUGUAGGUCCCCGCCGGGGCGGGGGGGCAGAGCGCGGGCUUCGGGACAGUGUCAAGACACCAGCUCCCGGCUGCAGGAACGCACUAGUUACUGGCCUGAGUAUAGGACUAACAACUGGGAUCCCGCCGUCCCUGAACAAACUCCUGUGAGCGAAGCCCAUCAUCACACUACAGAGAUCUCCUUGUGGACAGUAGUGGCUGCCAUCCAAGCCGUGGAGAGGAAGGUGAAUUCUCAUGGCACGCGAUUACUGAAUCUGGAGGGGAGAACAGGGACAACCGAGAAGAAGUUAACAGACUGUGAGAGGACAGCGAUGGAAUUUGGUAACCAGCUGGCGAGUAAAUGGACUAUUUUGGGAACUCUGAUCCAGGAGAAUAACUUCCUGCAGAGGAGGCUGGAGAACCUGGAGAACCUGCUGAGAAACAGGAACUUCUGGAUCUUAAGACUGCCCCCAGGCACUAAGGGAGAAGUCCCCAAGGUGCCGGUGACAUUUGAUGAUGUCUCCGUCUAUUUCAACGAGCAGGAGUGGGAGAACUUAGACGAAUGGCAGAAAGAGCUUUACAAGAACGUGAUGAAGGGGAACUAUGAGACCCUGAUCUCCCUGGAUGCAGACUUGUGCAUACCCCAGAAAGAGGCCCCAGUACUGCCAAAGCCCUUUGCCUGCAGUGAAUGCGGGAAGAGCUUCCGGCUGAAGGGGAAUUUCGUCAAGCACCUGCGGAGCCACGCCAAGGUGCGGCCCUACAAGUGCACCGAGUGCGAGAAGAGCUUCAACUGCCAGUCGGAGCUGCUGCGACACCAGAUGAUUCACCGCGGGGAGAAGCCCUACAAGUGCAGUGAGUGCGAGAAGAGCUACAGCCGCAAGGUGUAUCUGCUCAACCACCAGCGUGUGCACACGGGGGAGCGGCCCUUCCAGUGCACGGCGUGCGAGAAAAGCUUCCGGCAGAAGGCCGUGCUCAUCUCGCACCAGCGCCUGCACACUGGCGAGCGCCCCUACAAGUGCAGCGAGUGCGGUAAGAGCUUCACUCAGCAGUCCAAGCUGACCAACCACUACCGUAUCCACACAGGCGAGCGCCCCUACAAGUGCACCCAGUGCGACAACAGCUUCAGCGAGAAGUCCAAGCUCAACAACCACUACCGCAUCCACACGGGAGAACGGCCCUACAAGUGCACCGAGUGCGAGAAGAGCUACUGCCGCAAGGAGUAUCUGCUCAACCACCAGCGCCUGCACACCGGCGAGCGGCCCUUCCAGUGCCCUGAGUGCAGCAAGAGCUUCAUGCUCAAGAGGAGCCUGACGGUGCACCAGCGCACCCACACUGGGGAGCGCCCCUACCCGUGCGUCCAGUGCGGCCGCCGCUUCAGCCGCAAGGAGCACUUCCUGCUGCACCAGCGCAUCCACACCGGGGAGCGCCCCUACCAGUGCAGCCAGUGCAACAAAAGCUUCAUCCACCAGUCGCGGCUCAACUACCACGCCCGCAUCCACUCGGGGGAGCGGCCCUACGCCUGCGCCCAGUGUGCCAAGCGCUUUGCCGAACCCUCCAAGCUGGCGGUACAUUGCCGUGUUCACACCGGCGAGCAGCCCUACUCCUGCCUCCAGUGCGGCAAGAGCUUCGGCCUGAAGAAAAGCCUCGUCGUCCACCAGCGGAGCCACGCUCAGGAGCGGCCCUACCAGUGCUCCGAGUGCGGUAUCCACUUCAUCUGCCAGUCCUACCUUGUCCGGCACCGGCUGGUCCACACCGGGGAGCGGCCCUACAAAUGCACCGAGUGCGGCAAAAGCUACAGCCGCAAGGAGCACCUGCAGAACCAUCGGCGUAUCCACACCGGGGAGCGGCCCUUCCAGUGCACCGCUUGCGGGAAGAGCUUCAUCCAGAAACAUCACCUCCUGAAGCACCAGCGCAUCCACACCGGGGAGCGCCCCUACCAGUGCGGGGAGUGCGGGAGGAGCUUCCGCUGCAAGGAGUCCCUGAAGGAUCACGCCAGGGUUCACGCCGGCGCGCUGGGGGAGGAGCGGCCGCAUGGCUGCGCCGAGUGCGGGAAGAGCUUCAGCGUGAAGAAGAACCUGAAGAUCCACCAGCGGAGCCAUGCCAAGGAGCGGCCCUACGCCUGUGGGGAGUGCGGCAAGAGCUUCAACUGCCACUCGGGGCUGGUGCGGCACCAGAUGAUCCACCGCGGCGAGCGGCCCUACAAGUGCGAGGAGUGCGGGAAGUGCUACAGCCGCAAGGAGCACCUCCAGAACCACCAGCGGCUGCACACCGGCGAGCGGCCCUUCCAGUGCGCCGCCUGCGGGAAGAGCUUCAUCCGCAAGCAGAACCUGCUAAAGCACCAGCGCAUCCACACCGGGGAGCGGCCCUACCAGUGCGGGGAGUGCGGGAGGAGCUUCCGCUACAAGGAGUCCCUCAAGGACCAUCAGCGGGUUCAUGGCGCCAAGCCCCACCAGUGCAGCCAGUGUGGGCAGAGCUUCCUCCACCGCUCCCGGCUCACCUACCACGCCCGCAUCCACACCGGCGAGCGGCCCUACGCCUGCGCCCAGUGCGGCAAGAGCUACAGCCGCAAGGAGCAUCUCCAGAACCACCAGCGGCUGCACACGGGCGAGCGGCCCUUCCAGUGCCACGAGUGCGGGAAAUGCUACAUCCGCAAGGAGCACCUGCAGUACCACCAGCGCGUCCACACCGGCGAGCGGCCCUUCCAGUGCGCCGCCUGCGGGAGGAGCUUCAUCCGCAAGCAGAACCUGCUGAAGCACCAGCGCGUCCACACCGGGGAGCGGCCCUACCAGUGCGGGGAGUGCGGGAGGAGCUUCCGCUACAAGGAGUCCCUCAAAGACCAUCAGAGAACUCAUGAUGCUGAGCCAGGGCUGCCCCCCGGCCUGCACCCAGGAGCCGGGCUCAGGAAGCAGAUGCCUCUGUGUGAGAGGGGAGCCAAGGGGGGGUCUGGGAGCUGAUGAUAAUACUCAGCCCUUGUGCAGUGUUUCCCCUGGGCUGGGCCCAGAGGAGCCUGGCUCUCCCCAAGCGUGGGGCAGGAAAAGUGAAAGGACUUGGUCACAACACCGUGCCAGGAAUCGAACUUGGGUCUCCUGAAUCCCAGCCCUGUGCUCUAACCACUAGUCCACACUGCUUUCCUAUAGCAGGAAACUUCUUUUGGCUAACCCCCCCCCCCCCCCGAAAGUGAGCGGGGCACAUUUCUCUGCUCAUGUAGAACUGGUCUCUGCCACCCGGAGCAGUGUCCCAGCUACGGGCAUCACAGCCUUCUCCUCUGCAGCUCCUGCUGCCCUGAACCUCUCCAGCCGCUUUCAGAUCUCCUGGGGCUGUAGGUAGCCAUCCUUGCCCUCAUCCCCCUCUCUGUUUCUCUUGCACAAUGGAAAAUAAAGUUCGGCU